CCUGAGCAAGUAGGCUACUACCAAAAAAAUCAUAAAGUACUAUCUACCUUUACGGACACUUGUAAAGCUUAUUAAGCAGUUAGUCGCGGAGUUUUUUUUUUUGUUAAAUUGUUUAUUCUGCAGACUUUUGGAAACUCUUAUGUUGGAGCUCUUCCUUGCGGACAGACGGGGCUUUGGCACUACUCAAUUGUUGUGUGUGGCCAUCCCCUUUUGUCCCUGUGAACCCUGAAAUACAUCUUUAACUUCCUGAGGCCAGAUCGUUAACCAUGGUGCUAGAGAAACUUCUGCAUUUCGGAAAGAAGUUGAUAAGGGUGAAGGCUUUGAACUCUAAUUCCGAGGACUCUCGUCUGUCUCGAUGUCUCAACACCUUCGACCUGGUAGCCCUGGGUGUGGGUAGUACGUUGGGUGCUGGCGUUUACGUGCUUGCUGGUGCUGUUGCACGUGACAACUCAGGUCCAGCUAUCGUCCUGUCUUUCUUGAUAGCUGCCUCAGCCUCUGUGUUGGCAGGACUCUGCUAUGCUGAGUUUGGUGCCCGUGUUCCCAAGACAGGCUCAGCUUAUCUUUACUCGUAUGUUACAGUAGGAGAACUCUGGGCCUUUAUCACUGGAUGGAACCUCAUACUCUCUUACAUUAUAGGUACAUCGAGUGUGGCACGGGCAUGGAGCGCCACCUUUGAUGAGUUAGUAGGCAGACACAUUGAACAGUUCUGUAGAGAGUACAUGCCAAUGAAUGCACCAGGUGUGUUGGCAGAAUACCCUGACAUGUUUGCUGUUCUCAUCAUAGUUACUCUUACAGGUCUUCUGGCAUUUGGAGUGAAAGAGUCGGCCAUGGUGAACAAGGUGUUUACAUGUAUCAAUGUUUUAGUUUUGUUAUUCAUGGUGGUCUCUGGCCUGGUAAAAGGCUCUUUGAAGAACUGGCAGGUGGAUCCGGAUGAGAUCCUCAAUCAGACGAAUUACUCAAGUCAAAAUCUGACUGCCAUUCUGCCAUCCAAGGAGAGAUUAGGAGAGGGCGGCUUCAUGCCAUUUGGCUUCACUGGGGUGCUUUCAGGAGCUGCUACUUGUUUCUAUGCCUUUGUAGGCUUUGACUGCAUUGCCACCACAGGUGAAGAGGUGAAAAACCCCCAAAGGGCAAUACCUAUUGGGAUUGUUUCGUCGCUGUUGAUUUGUUUCGUAGCUUACUUUGGUGUGUCCGCUGCCCUCACUCUCAUGAUGCCAUACUAUCUCCUGGACAGCAACAGCCCUCUUCCUGUAGCUUUUAAUUAUGUGGGCUGGGGAGGGGCCAAAUAUGCUGUAGCUGUAGGCUCUCUUUGUGCCCUGUCUACCAGCCUGCUGGGUGCCAUGUUCCCUUUGCCCCGUGUUUUGUGGGCGAUGGCUGAUGAUGGGCUGCUUUUCAAGUUCAUGGCUGAGAUCAGCCCUCUUACCAAAACCCCGCUAACCACAACCUUUGCCUCUGGCAUGGGGGCAGCGAUUAUGGCAUUUCUUUUUGACCUGAAGGAUCUGGUGGACCUGAUGUCAAUUGGAACGCUGCUUGCUUAUACGUUAGUGGCCGCCUGUGUGCUUGUGCUAAGAUACCAACCCGAGGUCCACAGCCCAGUGUACCAGAUGGCCAGCAGCCAUGAUGAGGCAGACCUAAGUGAUGGCAUCAGUGUGCCCAGUAUGGGCAUUUUUCCUGGUGUGGAGGAGAGAUUCAGCUUCCAGACUCUGCUUUUCCCAAACAACCCUGAGCCAUCCACACUGUCAGGCUUCACUGUCAACAUCUGUACUUCCGUCAUGGGAAUGUUGAUCCUGGUCUUUAGUAUACUGGCUGUGCAGGGAGGCCUUGCCUCAUGGAACAUGGUAGUCCUCAGUGUCAUCUUCAUGGUGUGUCUUCUUCUGGUUUUCAUCAUAUGGAGGCAGCCUGAGAGUAAAACCAAACUCUCCUUUAAGGUUCCCCUGCUGCCCUUCAUUCCUGUCAUAAGCAUGUUUGUCAACGUCUACCUGAUGAUGCAGCUGGACAGAGGAACAUGGAUCAGAUUUUCCAUCUGGAUGGCUAUAGGUUUUGUCAUCUACUUCUGUUAUGGUAUUCACCACAGCAAUGAGGCUGCCUCAGCCCGCUUAUCUUUAGUAACAGAAAUGAACGGUUUCAAUCUCGAUCAUGAAUUAGAAGCCAUGUCGACAGAAAAGGAAGCCUUUCUCAAUGAUGACAUUGACCUCAGGGAAGAAAACGGCGAGGAUUUGUAAGAUGCACAAGAACACACCGCUCCGUGUCCACCUGCCUCGACACGUCUAUCAGGAGGGUUUCCUGUCAGUCAACUCCUUCACUACUCCUUUCUAAGGAAAGAUUAAAAAAAUAAGAAAAUGUCUACUGUGACAUCCCCAACUAGGUCUUGAUUGGAAGGCAAAUAACUGGAGAUGAAUCUGCAGAAAUCAGACUGAAAAUGUUGCAUGGCCUCAAGGUUCAGCUGCUGGAUAUCACCUCACUCUGCAAAGAGAAUGGCUUUCAUUAGAGACACUAUUGCUUUAUGGAAGUUAAGAGAUGAGUUAGGAUCAUGUUGGAGUGUUUAAUGGCUGCGUUAAUAAGUUUAGGACUGUGGAAUAGAUAAUGUUAUCUGAAAAGAUAUAUUUUUCUUUCCUUUUUGUUUAUUAAUACAUGGGAUCGAGUCCAAUUUACUGCAUAUAUAACCAACCAACCAAGUAAAUGUGUUACUGCCAUGCUUUGUUUGAAACAUUUGUGAAUUUCAGUGGUGCAACCUAUAAGGGUAACAAUGGUCUAAGGCAGCCAGCAGUGGUUUUUACUUGAUUAGGUAUAUUUACAGAAAACUAAACUAUUAAAGUUGAUUUUGAUUUGCUAUUAGAGUAGAAUCGACAUCUUUAUCAUAGAUAUUGUCCCCAUUUUGCACAGAAGUAUGCAUUUCAAGAGGAUUUGGUGGCCCCUUUUUUUUUUUUCCAGAUUUUACCUUAAAAAAGACUAUCAGAGUGAUCGACUUUAAAAGCCUUUUCUCCAUAUUCAUGCCACAAUGUUUAUAGUCAUCCCUAUGACUCACCCUACAUUUUUCUAUUUUUAACACAAAAAGUGUUUUGUGGGUGGGUUUUUGAUUCCCUGCAUGACUUUUGAUGUACAAAACUUGUGUUUGAAUGUGAAAAGCGUGUACAAUGCAACAACUGAUUUUACCCAUUCUGAAUCUAUAAUCUUGGUAAAAAGUUCAAGCUUAUUUCUUGACAAGUUUCAAUUAUGUUACCCUUGGAACUUUGGCACCUUUAACCUAUAAUCUGUUAGUAUUGUGCAUGCUUUUUUUCUUACUGUAAAUGUAUGUGACACUCCUUAUU